AUGGUUGUUCGUUGUGUCGCGCGGACACCCUCCCGGACGACGGCACCGGGGCUCGCGCUGAGCGUGGGAGGUUGUUUGGCCCGGAGUGGUAGCAAGAUGCACUUCUCACAGUCACGGCAUUGGAGGUCGGCCGCCGUGCCGGAGGUGGAUCGCGGGGGAUCGAAGCUCUGGGGGAGCGCGGAUGAGGCGGUCGCUGAUAUUAAGAGCGGAUCGGUAUUGCUGAGCGCGGGGUUUGGGUUGUGCGGUGUUGCGUCAACACUCAUCGCAGCGCUCCGAAAGCGCGGCCCCGACUCUCUGCACUCCCUCACGGCCGUGUCCAACAAUGCAGGCGCUGAAGGGCGCGGCGGGCUUGCUAUGCUGACCGAGAACGGCCAGGUCGACCGCAUGAUCAUGUCGUUUCUUGGUCCGAACAAGAAACUGGAACGGCAGUAUCUGACGGGAAAGAUUGCUAUUGAGCUGUGCCCUCAGGGUACACUAGCUGAGAGGAUACGGGCGGCUGGGAGCGGUAUUCCUGCGUUUUUUACGCCUACUGGUGGGAACACGCUGGUACAAGAAGGGGCCAUUCCCGUUCGGUUUGAUGCGGAUGGGAAUGCAGUUGAGUACGGCCGGCCACGGGAGACAAGAGUAUUCGACGGUCGUCCGUACCUGAUGGAGACGGCACUAUACGGUGAUGUGGCCAUUCUUCGCGCAUCGAAGGUGGACAAGGCCGGCAAUUGCGUAUUCCGAUACACUACCAAGUCGUUUGCACCACUGAUGGCCAAGGCGGCCAAACUCGCGAUCGUGGAAGCUGAGAAUAUUGUUGAAAUUGGCGAGAUCGAUCCGGGCGAGGUCGACCUUCCCGGGAUUUAUGUUGACCGUAUCGUAUCGGCCACAGAACCGCCAUUGGUUGAGGUGUUGAAGACGCGUUCGGAGGCCUCCACCAAGGGGGACAAGCCAAAGACAGAUGCGCAAGCUCGGAGGGCUCGUAUUGCCCGGCGGGCGGCUAAGGAACUCAAGGACGGGUUUUAUGUCAAUCUUGGUGUUGGCCUUCCUACUAUGGCCCCGUCAUUUCUCCCACAGGGGCAGAGAGUCUGGAUCCAAUCUGAGAAUGGCAUUCUCGGAAUGGGCGACUACCCUCUCCCUGACGACGUCGACCCCGACAUCAUCAACGCGGGCAAAGAAACAACUACUCUCGUCCCCGGUGCCGCGACCUUUGACUCGUCCGAGUCGUUCGGCAUGAUCCGCGGCGGGCACGUCGAUGUAUCCAUUCUCGGCGCUCUGCAAGUGAGCGCGGCAGGCGAUCUAGCCAAUUACAUGAUCCCGGGGCAGGUAUUCAAGGGCAUGGGCGGCGCGAUGGACCUCGUUUCCAACCCGGACAACACCAAAAUUGUCGUGGCCACGGAGCAUGUGGCCAAGGACGGGACGAGUAAGGUGGUGCAUACAUGUAGCUUGCCGUUGACGGGAGCGAAGGUGGUAAGCACCAUCAUCACGGAUUUGUGCGUGUUUGAGGUAGACCGCAAGCAGGGCACGCUCACACUGACGGAGAUUGCGCCGGGAGUGGAGGUGGAGGAGGUGAAGAGCAAGACAGAUGCGGCGUUUACGGUAGCGAGCGAUCUUAAGAGUAUGGAGUAA